AUGCAUAAAAUGUCGCACACAAUCAUUUCAGCCAAUGAAACAAUAUCGAAACUCCCAACUGAAAUCCUCUUUCAUAUCUUUUCAUUCCUCCCGACGACCUCUGAUCAAGGGAUUGGUGAUUUUGAUGCACAAUGGCGACCGCUUAGAUUAGUCUGCCUACAGUGGAGAAAUGUGGUCGACAUGUUCAUCUACUCCCAUCUCACUCUCCCAUCUCAAAACGAGGAUCAUGGUUCUUUGAGACUGGAGCGAUGUCUAAAACAAAUGGACCGCAGACCACAUCGCUGGAAAUACCUCCAUUCUUUAUCUUUAAAUGUGCAAGGUGACUCUGAGCGGGGAUACUGCAUUUCACUUAUCAAAGAAGCAACAAGAAAGGGUAGUGUUAUCAAUCAAUUGGCCUUAACGACUGAAAUCCUCUCUUUUGAUCAAGCACUAUCUGAGACAAUUGCUGGACUCCCACUGACCUCUCUUGACCUGAGCGGUGUCAAAUUUGGAAUUGGCUUGAGAACAAUAUGGAAGUAUUUCAACUUGCCUACACUACAACACAUUCACCUGAGCCAAAUCACUUGGAGUGACGAUAUGCUGGAUCUGCUAAGAAGCCUGAAAUUUGAUCAAAAUUGGGUCUACUUAGCAGAGGAGCAUAUUGUUGAGUAUCAGCAACUCAAUCAUCCUGAUAAGUGUGAGCAAUUGCUACCUGUUGGCUGCCAUCAGAACCUCAAGUCAUUAGUUCUACCAGUGCCUGCUGCAGAGCCAGAUGUGGCAGAUCUCCUAUUUCUCUGGCCAGCUCACCUCAAGAGAGUGACAUUUUUGUUUAUUCAUGAUACACUCUAUGCUGAAAGCUACCCCGCUCCUGUGAUUGAGAGCCUACUGAAUCUACACCGUGAUUCCCUUGAAAGAAUUGAGCUCCCGCCUAUCCCUGGAAACGGACUACCAAACCUGAGUGCAUUUCACAACAUAUCUGAAUUGCAUCUUCAUGCAUCCUCUUUCUUUAAUACAACACCUUUUGAUGCAUCCUCCAAACUAGAAGCUCCUUGUCUUCAGCGACUCACCAUUGACUUCACCAAACAUGAGCCAUUCUCAAGAAGUGUCGGGGGAUCAGUAGACCCUGAAGAUUUCAGCAACCACAAAUCCAAUUUUCUAGAACACUUCAUCAUUACCCAGAAGUCAGGGCAGUCAAAAACCUGCCUGAGACAGAUAUUUCUCCGAUUCGGCCCCGAGACAAUUGCAGAGGAUAGUAUCCUAUUGGAGCUGUGGUCAGCUGAUCUUGUGGAGGAGGUUUCUGCAGUGGCAGCUUCUUAUGAUAUCUCUCUGACAUACAACAAACCGGUUUAUGUUGAGGGUAGAGGAGAAUUUCCAAGGAGAGUCUUGGAUAGAACCCAGCACAUGAUAUUUGACUUACUGCUCGAGCCACCAACCCAGGAUGGAGUGCAUGUUGACGCCAUUAAAAACAGCUUAGGGCUUCCUACUGCAGAGGUUGAGUCUGCUAUUGAGGGGAUGCUGCGGGAUGGAAUACUUUUUACUACUGUUGAUGCUGAUACAUUCGAUAUCAUUGACUAUUUUUCGUGA